UGUAAUUUCAUUAACCGACGAGAGUUUGAACUGAGCAGAUCCAGUCUUCAAUAUUAAGCCAAAACCAGCUUAUUUAAGAAAAACAUUUGUUUUAGCAAAGUAGUGAUAUUUUUGUCAUCUUUGUUUUACAGAAGAAAUCUUCAUUCGAAGCAAAGUUCUCGCGAACAAAAGAGAACAGAUACUUUAAUCAAUAACGAAAAAUCGGAAAUAUAGCAAUAUAGAAAUUAAGCUAAAUUUGGUCUCAGCCCUGCCUUUUUUUCUCUCCUUUUUGGCAAGUAUUAUUUUGCUUCCUUUAAUUUUUAUUUAAGGAAACUGAAAAGCUUAAAAAACAAGAUGCCCACGAAGAAUAAGAAUAAUGCGCAUAAAUCCCAGGUUUCGGUGCCGAAGUUGUCCCAACCCGAAAUCGAAUACGUAAUCAACGACGUAGUCGCCAACGUUCGUCAAGAUUUUUUGGAUGAUGGCCCCGGAGAGCAGGCCCUGCGGCUAUUGUUGCACACUUGGUGCUCCAAGCUGAUGGCCAGCCAGUUGCCUAAUGAUUCACAGGGCUCCAAGGAGAAGGAUAAGAACUCUAACAUAAGUCCUGGCUUGUCCAGCCUCUUCUUCGAAGUGAAACAGGAAGGGGACGAGGAGCCUGUCUAUGGGUCAGACCAUGAGCCGAAGAAAGGGGUCUUCAUGGAGAUGCCCCUUAAAAAGGACGAAGCAGAAUAAGGCGCUGGGAAAGAAGAGCCUCCCCCUUGAAUCACCUUCUCAGCUGUAAUUAUCCAGAAUUAGUUUAAUAAAACAAUGUCA